AUGGCUCCUGCCGCUGAUUCUCCUCCGCUCCCACCUACUAAUGGCUCUGACCUCUCCCAGUAUAGAGGAUACGACCACGUUCACUGGUAUGUCGGGAAUGCCAAGCAGGCCGCCACCUACUAUGUAACUCGUAUGGGAUUCGAAAGAAUCGCCUAUCGCGGGUUAGAAACCGGUUCAAAAGCGGUUGCUUCGCAUGUUAUCCGAAACGGAAAUAUCACAUUCGUCUUGACCUCGCCUCUUCGAUCUCUUGAACACGCUUCACGUUUUCCCGAAGAAGAGCAACACUUACGAGAGAUUCAUGCCCAUCUUGAGAAACACGGUGACGGUGUUAAGGAUGUUGCCUUUGAAGUGGACUCUGUUGAGGCUGUCUUCUCGGCCGCUGUAAGGAAUGGCGCUAAAGUCAUUUCGGAUAUUCAGACUCUUGAAGACGAGAGCGGCCAAAUCAAGAUGGCUACUAUCCAAACGUAUGGAGAGACAACUCACACUUUGAUUGAGAGAUCCGGGUACAUGGGUGGAUUCAUGCCCGGAUACCGAAUGGAAAAUACUGUCGACCCCGUCUCCAAAAUGCUCCCCAAUGUUGUGCUCGAGAGAAUAGAUCAUUGCGUUGGCAACCAAGACUGGGAUGAGAUGGAGAGAGUCUGUGAUUACUAUGAGAAGGUGCUUGGGUUCCACCGGUUCUGGUCUGUCGAUGACAAGGAUAUCUGCACUGAAUUUUCCGCCCUGAAGAGUAUCGUCAUGGCAUCGCCAAAUGAGGUUGUCAAGAUGCCAAUUAACGAGCCUGCUAAGGGAAAGAAACAAUCGCAAAUUGAGGAAUAUGUGAACUUCUAUAGCGGCGCUGGUGUUCAACAUAUUGCUCUCAGAACCAACAAUAUUAUCGAUGCCAUUACGAACCUCAAAGCCAGAGGCUUAGAGUUCAUCAAGGUCCCAAGUACCUAUUAUGAAGAUAUGAAGCUUCGCUUGAAGAGACAAGGCAUGGUCCUCGAGGAGGAUUUUGAGACGUUAAAGAGCUUGGAUAUUCUCAUCGAUUUUGAUGAGGGCGGUUAUCUUCUCCAGUUAUUCACGAAGCACCUCAUGGAUCGCCCAACGGUCUUUAUCGAAAUCAUCCAGCGAAACAACUUUUCUGGAUUCGGCGCCGGUAACUUCAAGGCUCUAUUCGAGGCGAUUGAGCGCGAGCAGGCUCUCCGCGGUACUUUGGUGUAA